AUGACACCACUAUCAUAUUCCAGUCUGACUACUGUAUUAAAGCAUUUGCCAACGGAUUUGCGAAUUUCCAUCUCUAAACGAUGCCCGAUUAUCCGACGAAUCGAGAAGAACAUUCCGAUGAAAAUUCGAUAUAUUCAUAUCGAUGGAGCAAGAUUAGUCGUGGAUGGCAUUUCCUUCGAUAUGGACAUUCCAGAUUUCUACGACCUCUUGCCCGACCCUGUUACUCGGGUGUGGACUUGGACAGAACCCGACAGGCAGACUUUGCGGGUAAACUCAAAAAGGGAAUCCGCGUGGAAUGAAACUGUCAUUAUGGAUAAUCGAUCGAGGAAAGAUGCACUAGAGUAUCUUUUAUCAAAGAUUUUCGCUGGUCGUUCUGGAAAUGUUAUCAACUGCAAGACUGUAUCGAUUGGCGAAUUUAACGGCGAAGUCGACGAAUACACACCCCCGAUCUCUCCGAUACCAAAUCUUCCGGGACUCGUGAGAUUCCACACCAAGAAUUUGAUACUUACUGAUGCGCCCGCAGAUUCUGAUGAUCUAAAUCGAGUUCUUGUCCCAACAUGCUUCCCGCUCGAGUCGAUAAACCAGUGUUGCGUGUAUCUUGAAAACGAAUUGGAAUAUCCAAUCGUCCAACAAUCAAAGCUAUUAAUUCUAUCACUAGACCUCGAUUCUCACGAAGAAGAAUACGGCGACUUAAAUGCUCUAACUCAUUCGAGAAUCCAUUUCUAUAGAGAGUACUGGUAUACGUGGAAUAUCGAAAGUCUGUUAGUCAGUUGGAGAGAGAAUCAGAAACCCAUCGGAACACAUUUCUCGUUUGAAAGACCAACUGUUGGCGGGAUGCGACGUCUGCUUCGUGACAUUGGAGACAGAUUCCCGGAAUCCAGAAUUCGAAAGAUUGGGAACAAGAGCCGUCCCUUUCUACCCGAUCAAGUUCUCAUUCCACUCAACGACUAUUCUGAGAUCAAAGUGUUCUGUAAGGCGACAAAGAAGAAUCUGAAAUCUCUUCAUCUAAAGGUUCAACCUAUCAGAAGAUCUUAA